ACAAAUCCUAGACCAAGUGGCUUACCACUGAGAAAAGCAAAGACAACCUUUGUGAAGACGAAGACGAAGACGAAGACGAAGAAGAAGAAGAAGAAGAAAACCCAAUCCAGGCAGCAAGAGAAGAAGAGCCAGAGAUAGUGAAGAUGCAGAGGCUCCCAUUCGAAAUAAUAAAAGACAUCCUCUCAAGACUACCCGUCAAAUCUCUCAUGCGAUUCAGGUUUGAUAUUCCAUUUCAGGGUCUGUGGCAUCGUGUUGAAAUCUUGGGUUCUUGUAAUGGGUUGUUAUGUUUAUUUGUUGCUGAACGCUUACCUGGGUUUCGUCACAUUAGCCCUAUAUACUUGUGGAACCCUUCUACAAGAGAAUACAAGAGGGUUCCUGAUGCCCCAGUUGGGUCUCCAAGAAUUUGUGAGAUUGGUAAUACUGUGUUAGGGUUUGGGUAUGAUCCCAUUAAAAAUGAAUACAAAGUGGUAAGAAUUAUUUACAUCUGCGAGAGAACGUUGGACAGUCUUAUUUGGAAGUCUGAUGUCAGGGUAUACUCCUUGGGGACUGGGAAAUGGAAGAAACUUGGAAAUGCCCCUUUUAACAUCAGGAACAGUUCAUCAUCAAAGGCUAUAGUGAAUGGAUCUAUUCAUUGGCUAGCAACUCAGGAGAUCAAUUCAGAAAUGUCUGAGUUAAUCAUUUCUUUUGAUGUGAGAAAUGAAGUGUUCCGAGAGAUACCACUUCCCAGUUGUGUAGAAGCAAAACAGCAUUGCAAUUUUGUCACAAUUUUGGGAGGAUGUCUAUCUUUGAUUGGGUCUUUCCCCGGGAAUUAUGUUGAGAUAUGGUUGAUGAAGGACUAUGGCGUGAACGGGUCUUGGACUAAACAGUUCACCAUUGAAUGGUCAUAUGCUCCUUAUAGAAACUCUAUCGAUUUAUUUCCUUUAGAAAUUUUGAAGAGUGGUGAGAUUCUAAUUGUGAAGAAUUCCAAAAAACUGGUUUUGUAUGACCCUGAAAGCAGAGGAGAGAGGGACCUUGGAAUUCAUGGGCUUCCGGAUCAUUUUAACUCGUUUAUUUUCAUGGAGAGUCUCGUUCCACUUUCAGCUCAAAGCAGACAUGAGGGGCAUCAUCAAUAGAGAAAAAAAAUUGGGAUGAAGAAUUAAGAAACGAAUACAAGCCCUGUUCGUCAAUGCCAUCUUCUACUUCUUCAUGUGCAAAUCUUGUUGGCGUGGAUCCAUGUAAUCGAUUCCAUUAAGUUGGGAUAAGAUUGAGUUUGUUGUUGUACUACUUAUUAUUGUGUGCUAUAUCAACUCAUGGUGUUUGUAAUUGUGAUUCUCUUUCAACUAUGGUUUUAGUACAUCUCUUAUGCAUCA